UACAGGGUACAGGGGCUCUGCAGGCUAAUGAGGAGACUCUGCCCAAGGACAGCCCCAGAAGCUGACGAUUCUCGGAUUCUUUGGAUAAAGACAAGAGGCCAUUAGACCGUGCAACUUCCAGAAAAUCCACACAUUGGAGAGAAAACUCUUUAUCAGACUGAGAAAAAGCUUUAGUGCAAUGAGCAUUCCCAACUCCCAGAUGGAACUUCCCUCAGUGGCACAACAUGAAUGCCCAGAAUGUGGGAAAAGAUUCUCAGAAAAAAACAAACUUAUUAUUCAUUUCAGAGUCCACACAGGGGAGAAACCAUUCAUGUGCAUGGAAUGUGGGAAAAGUUUCAGGCGAAAGCAAUACCUUACAGAACACCAAUUAAUUCACACGGGGGAGAAACCAUUCAUGUGCACGGAAUGUGGGAAAAGUUUCAGGCAAAAGCAAAGCCUUACAGCCCACCUAUUAAUUCACACAAGGGAAAAACCAUUCAUGUGCACGGAAUGUGGGAAAAGUUUUAGACUAAAGCAAAUCCUAACACAUCACCAGAGACUUCACACAGGGGAGAAACCCUAUGCAUGUACAGAAUGUGAUAAACAAUUCCAUCAAAGUAGUAACCUUCUCAGCCACCAGAGGAUUCAUACAGGGGUUAAAUUUUUGUGCAUGGAAUGUGGAAAAAGCUUCUUCAACAAGAGCUACUUUCAGAAUCACCAAAGAAUUCACACUGGGGAGAAACCAUUUUCUUGCACAGAAUGUGGGAAACGUUUCACCAUAAAGAGCCAGCUUAGUGACCAUUACACGGUUCACACAGGGGAGAAACCCUUUGCUUGUGCAGAUUGUGGGAAAAGCUUCUCCAACAAGAGCUACUUUCAGAAUCACCAAAGAAUUCACACAGGGGAGAAACCAUUUUCUUGCACAGAAUGUGGGAAACAUUUCACUGUAAAGAGCCAGCUUAGCAGCCAUUACACGGUUCACACAGGGGAGAAACCCUUUGCUUGUGCAGAUUGUGGGAAAAGUUUUGCUUUAAAGGGAACUCUUACCAGACACCAGAGAAUUCAUGUGUGAGAGCAACUUUCAUGUGUAGGGAAUUUGGAAAACUUUAUACUGCAAAGUCCAACCAGCAACACCAUCAUCCCCACAAGGGAGAAACCAUUCACUUGCACAGAAUGGGGUUUCCCCAAUAGAAGGUUUCAUCGCCUCCCCCAGAACAUUCAUACAGGGGAAGAGAUACGUCACUGAUUUCUCCUCCAUAUUCUCCCAUUCCAACAUUGCCUAUUGGCCAUUGGAGCUGCCAAUCAUAUCUGUAGGUACCAACCCACACACUAUGGGGUUAUUUGUAUGUAAAAUAUAUUCCUCAAUAAAUGUAAUGCAAUA